UCCUGAGAUGGCGGUGCCCUUCGUGGAGGACUGGGACCUGGUGCAGACGCUGGGCGAGGGCGCCUACGGAGAAGUUCAACUUGCAAUGAAUAGAAGAACUGAAGAAGCAGUUGCAGUGAAGAUUGUGGACAUGAAGCGUGCUAUAGAUUGUCCAGAAAAUAUUAAGAAAGAGAUUUGUAUUAAUAAAAUGUUAAAUCAUGAGAAUAUAGUGAAAUUCUAUGGCCACCGGAGAGAAGGCAAUAUCCAGUAUCUAUUUCUAGAGUACUGUAGUGGGGGAGAACUUUUUGAUAGAAUAGAGCCAGACAUAGGCAUGCCUGAACAAGAUGCUCAGAGGUUCUUUCAACAAUUAAUGGCAGGGGUGGUUUAUCUGCAUGGUAUUGGAAUAACUCACAGGGAUAUUAAGCCAGAGAAUCUCCUAUUGGAUGAUAGGGAUAACCUCAAAAUCUCUGACUUUGGCUUGGCAACAGUGUUUCGGCAUAAUAAUCGGGAGCGUUUAUUGAACAGGAUGUGUGGUACUUUACCUUACGUUGCUCCAGAACUUCUGAAGAGAAAAGAAUUUAAUGCAGAACCAGUUGAUGUUUGGUCCUGUGGGAUAGUCCUUACUGCAAUGCUGGCUGGAGAAUUACCAUGGGAUCAGCCAAGUGAAAGUUGUCAGGAAUAUUCAGAUUGGAAAGAAAAAAAAACAUACCUUAAUCCUUGGAAAAAAAUUGAUUCUGCUCCUUUAGCUCUGCUGCAUAAAAUCUUGGUUGAAAAUCCAUCAGUAAGGAUUACCAUCCCAGAUAUUAAAAAAGACAGAUGGUAUAAUAAAUCACUCAAGAAAGGGCCCAGGAGGCCCCAGGUUACAUCAGGAGUCGUAUCAGAAUCUCCAAGUGGAUUGUCGAAGCACAUUCAAUCCAAUUUGGAAUUCUUUCCAGUAAAUAGUGUUUCUAGUGAAGAAACAGUGAAGUUCUCUAGCUCUCAACCAGAACCACGGACAUGUCUUUCCUUAUUGGAUACCAGCCCCUCAAACAUAGAUAAACUGGUACAAGGGAUCAGUUUUUCUCAGCCCACAUGUCCUGAUCAUAUGCUUCUGAAUAGCCAGUUACUUGGCACUCCAGGAUCCUCACAGAACCCCUGGCAACGCUUAGUCAAAAGAAUGACACGAUUCUUUACCAAGUUGGAUGCAGACAAAUCUUAUCAUUGCCUGAAAGAGACUUGUGAGAAGUUAGGCUAUCAAUGGAAGAAGAGUUGCAUAAAUCAGGUUACUGUAUCAACAACUGACAGGAGAAAUAAUAAAUUGAUUUUCAAAGUGAACUUAGUAGAAAUGAAUGAGAAGAUCUUGGUAGACUUCCGACUUUCCAAGGGUGAUGGACUGGAGUUCAAGAGACAUUUUUUGAAGAUUAAAGGGAAACUGAGUGAUGUUGUAAGCAGCCAGAAGGUUUCCUGCCACAUGAUAUAGAUCCAUUGGCUCUGGGGUUCCUGGUGAAUAUAGUGCUGCUAUGUUGACAUUGUUCUUCCUAGAGAAGAUUAUUCUGUUCUAUAAACUGCAAAUCUGAAAUACAAUCCUGAAGAGGUCCCUACUACUACCCAAGUAUCUUUUACGUCAUUUAUUUUAAUUUUUUUUUGUUAUGUAUACAGAUAAUACCUAUAUUGUGAUUGUAAAUAAAACUUUGGGAAAUGAAUGAGUAGAAUUCAUUCAAU